GGUUUACGUAUGAACAGGACAUUGUUGUCAUUAAACUUAGGAAGCAACUUAAUAUCAGAUGUCGGAGCAUCCAAAAUAGCUGAGGUUAUUUCUAGCUUCUCACUCAGUCAUGAAGAAAUCAUAGCAAGAAGACUCUUAAUAUCAAAGAAAACUCCUGAAGAUUCAAUAAGCCCAACAAGGAGUUUGAAUGCCCCAACUGGUGGAUCUAAAGAAAGACCAGCAAGUGUAAGGAGCGGUGGUCAUAUUGGAAAAGAAGAAAAAAAGAGCAGAGAGAAAGACAAAUCCAAGAAAAAGGAUGGGAAGAAACAGGAUGAAAAAGCCAAGAAAUCGGCGUCAAAUGAAUCUGUAAAAGCCCAAGCAAAAGGAAAGAAGCCAGCACCACAAAAACCCGAUAAGAAAGGUGCUCAGCAGACAGAACAAGAGCAACCAGAAGUCGUGGAAUUUCCAAACCCGUUGCUUGAAAUGCCAUUGAAAGAAAAAAAUGGUGAAAUAGUAAUACCAGGGAAUAGGGCUCUUAUCAAUAUCAACUUGUCUAGGAACAAGAUCGGUGAGAUAGGUGUAGAGGCUUUCCUCAUCGCAGUACAGAGACAGAUUGAAUUGAUAUCGAUUGCAAGCAAGCCUACAGGCCUCAUGAGACUAACGUUAACGAGAAAUGUGUUUGCUCCUGACAACGGGUCCUAUCAACGACUAAUGGAAAUUAUGCAUACACGUGACCCCUACUAUAAACCACCCGAGCCAUUAGAUGACACCAUUACUACUAUCAAGGAGGAUCCUUAAUCAAGUAAUGUAAUGGAACAAGGACAGUAAUGGUUGAAUAAGUUGUAAAUAUUUAUUAAGUAAUUCAAACAACUGUUUUAAAGAGUUUGUAAUUCUAAUGUUCAUAAAUUGUUAUGUAUACCAAA